CCAGAAUCGCUUCGAGAGAACCCAUCGUAUCUUCUGGUUGCCGUGAUCGUCAUCACUCAAGAGGAUGGCCAAUAUUUCAUCGACGAGUUCCAUGCGGCGACACGGAGCCUCAUGGCAGAACAAGACUGGUCGACCUACGGUUUUAAAAGCCUCCUGAUGCUUCUUAGUCAGGCCCAGCGUAAUCUAUCCAGCAGACCUAACCCUGAGAUGAACAAAUUCAUCUUCAGAACUGCUGGUGAGCGCUGGAAUUUGCAAAAGGGACAGCAUCUGAGCUUGGGCUGCUACUCUUCCUUCACCGUUCGUCGCAACGUUGCCAUGGGACAUCUGAAAGAGGACGGCGCGGCCGAAGAGGGAGGAGAGGAGGAAGAGGAUGCAACGAAAGAGUCUGCGUGCGAGGGCAACCCACCAACUCUCGUCAAGAUAAAGUUCACGCCGGAAGUUGUCGGUUUGGGUGUGAAGCAUCUGUCGCCACUCAGUGAAGACGAACGGGAGGUGCUGGUCUCGCCGCUACAAAAUUUCACAGUCACCGAAGUGAUCAAGAGAGCGAAAAAAGGUUUCACUGUCUUCAUGCUCGAACCUGUCAAGGCAUGAAAUGGCUACGCGGAAUAUUGACAAAAUAUAACUCAGUACUCACUGCAGUGAGUGACAGAGAGCACAU